GACAGUCGUUGCCUGAGGUUUCAGUCAGAACUCAGUGCUGCUAGUGAUCCGUACGGACACAGUCUUCUUUGAUCGAGUCCAUAUCACUGGCUCGCUGUAGGAUUCUGGACAAAAUCAUACCUGUGGAGGAACAAUGGGCUCCAACUGCUCCAGCCUGGAUGAUAUCCUGGAGGAGGAUAUGCACCACUGGUACACCAAAUUCAUGCGGGAGUCUCCAUCAGGGCUCAUCACGCUCUUUGAGCUCAAGACCAUGCUGGAAAUGAACGGUAUGACAGAGGAGGCCCACAGCUAUGUUGAUCAAGUCUUCUUCACCUUUGACAUGGAUGGGGAUGGCUACAUAGACUUUGUGGAAUACAUUGCAGGCAUAAGUUUAUUACUGAAAGGAGAAAUUAACCAGAAGCUAAAGUGGUACUUCAAGCUCUUUGAUCAAGAUGGAAACGGAAAAAUCGACAAGGAGGAAAUGGAGACCAUAUUUAAGGCUAUUCAAGACAUCACCAGAAGUUAUGAAAUCCCCCCAGAAGAGAUUGUGACUAUUGUAUACGAGAAGAUUGAUGUCAACGGAGAAGGCGAGUUGACAUUGGAGGAGUUCAUCAGCGGAGCAAGGGAUCAUCCAGACAUCAUGGAUAUGCUUGCUAAGAUGAUGGAUCUUACCACUGUCCUGGAAAUCAUAAUCAGAGGUCAACAGAAAAAAAAGUGAUAAACUGUAAUCAACGAAGAAGGACUAUGCAGAACAUUUUUGGUGGAUUUCAGAAGGCAGCAUGGUUGGAAAAAAAAAAAAGAACUGUAUGUGCUUGACUGACAAAGAGCCGAGUCCCAUCUCAAACGGCACAGACUGAGCUGAAUGAACUGACUGAACAGUCCCAUGCAGAUAUAGAUCUCUUUGUAUGUCACCUGAGGGAAGCAAAGAAUCCUCCCUUCUCCCUCUGCUUGUGCUGUCACUUUCUGGAACAAUGACCCUUCAAUGUUCCAAUUAACAGGUGACGUGUGUGUAAAGUAUCCAUGAAAGGAGGUCGGUCUGCACUCAAAUACCCAUCAUGCUUUGAGUAGAUUGCGCAGCAGAGUGGAUAAAUCACUUUGAUUUACUUAAUUAAGAGCUUAUUGAGCCGGAAAUUGAUUUGGACUCUUGUUUGGCAGAGCUGUCACGGACAAUGGGAAAAGCAAAGUGGGUAACCUCUGCCCAAAGCGUCUAACAGCUUCAAGUUUGUCUUUUAUUGGUAAAUGAAUAUAUUUCAAUUGAUUAAAUUCACAAUUUCAUUCUUGUAAUUCCUACUGAAGACCAGUGUAAAACUCCUUGUGAG